AUGAUUAGAAAACAAGCCAGGGAAAGAAGAGAAUAUCUUUAUAGAAAAGCUUUACAACUUCAAGAAGCAUCACUAACUGAAAAAAGACAACAAUUAAAAGCAGCAUUAGCAUCAGGUAAACCACUUUCUAAAGAACUUGCAGAAGAUGAAAAAUUACAAAAAGAUUUUAUUUAUGAUGAAAGUGUUCAAGAUAAUAAUUUAGAAAUUGAUGAUGAAUAUUCAGCAUUAUCAGGUAUAUCAGAUCCAAAAGUUUUAAUUACUACAUCUCGUGAUCCAUCCGUUAAAUUAUUACAAUUUCUGAAAGAAAUUAAAUUAAUGUUUCCAAAUAGUUUAAAAUUAAAUAGAGGUAAUUAUAUUAUGUCUGAUUUAGUAAGUACUUGUAGUAGAGUACAAAUUUCAGAUAUGAUUUUAUUACAUGAACAUAGAGGUGUUCCUUCAAGUUUAACAGUUAGUCAUUUUCCUCAUGGUCCAACUGCUAUAUUUACUUUACAUAAUGUUAAAUUAAGACAUGAUUUACCUAAUUUAGGUAAUGUAUCUGAAUCUUAUCCUCAUUUAAUUUUUGAAAAUUUCAAUACUCCUUUGGGUAAAAGAGUAGUUAAAAUUUUACAACAUUUAUUCCCUCCAGGUGUUAAAAAAGAUAGUUCAAGAGUUAUAACUUUUGUUAAUAAUGAUGAUUAUAUAUCUGUUAGACAUCAUGUUUAUGUUAAAGCAAAGGAUUCAGUGGAAAUAAGUGAAGUUGGUCCAAGAUUUGAAAUGAGAUUGUAUGAAAUUAGAUUAGGUUUACCAGAUAAUAAGGAUGCAGAUGUUGAAUGGCAAUUAAGAAGAUUUAUAAGAACUGCUAAUAGAAAGAAUUAUUUGUAA